GGGACACCCGCCCUGAGAACGGGCUCCGUUACCGAGCUCAGCUCGGAGCAGCCCGGUUACCGAACUCACCGCGGGUGAGCUGGGGACAAGGGAGAGGUGGGCAUAGCUCAGCAGGUCAUGGCGGUUGCUCCAGAUCUUCACCUGCAUUAUAUGGAGGCCUGUCAAAAUUUGAGCCAGCCUGAAAACCCCUUCAUUGCUCGUGUGCUUCAAGAGGCUGAUAAAAAUGAUGAAAUAACUACAAAAGGAAUCACAUUAAAAUUAGCUGGAAAUAAUCAUCUGGUGCCUGUGCCAAGAGUUACAGAUAAUGAUCUUGCAGUUCUUGUCUCUGUCUUAGGCCAAGCUCCCUUUGUCACAGGUUUGGAUCUUGCCUAUAAUUUAUUGACUGAUGUCGGAGCAGAGAUCAUGGCAGUAUUCCUCCAGGAAAACUCCACUCUGCAGUAUCUGAACCUGAUGUUCAAUGACAUUGGCACAAGUGGGGCAGAGCUGAUAGCAGGAGCACUCCAUAACAAUCAAAGUCUUGUGCACCUGAGAAUGACUGGAAACAAAAUAGGAAACCAAGGUGGCAUGUUUUUUGCUUCAAUGCUAGAAAUUAACUCAACCUUAAAGAAGUUGGAUCUUGGAGACUGUGAUGUGGGCCUGCGGUGUCUGAUAGCAACAGCCAUAGCCCUGACUCAGAACAAAUCACUCAAAGCCAUAAACCUCAAUCGUCCUUUGCUAUCCACCCAACAGGAAGAGACCACAGUUCAUAUAGCUCUGAUGCUGAGGAGUAAUUCUUCUCUUGUGGAACUACAUUUGGGCAAGCAUGAAAUGAAAAACUUUGGUGUAGAGCGACUGUGUGAUGCCCUGUAUGAAAACUCCACCCUGAGAUACCUUGACCUUAGCUGUAACAACAUCAUCUGUGAUGGUGCUAAAUUUUUGGCAGAGCUACUGAAAAAGAACCAUACCCUGGAGAUCCUGGAUCUUGAUGCAAACCGAAUAGAGGAUGCUGGAAUCAUUUACCUGAGUGAGACCUUGGUCACGCGGAACAGGACUCUGAAGGCGUUGUCUGUUGUAAGCAACAAUAUAACUGGCAGAGGACUUGUAGCUCUUGCACAGGCAAUGCAUUCCAACAUGACACUUUCCCAUAUUUACAUUUGGGGGAACAAAAUUGACAGAAGCACCUGUGCAGCAUUCGCGGAGCUGAUGGCGGUGGAGCGCCUGCAGCCGGACUGCACGGACGUGGCUCCCUACAAGGUGGACGGGGAGAUUUUCCUGGCAGAGCUGUCCCACGGGCUGGCCAAGCACCGCUACUGGAGCCCGCGCUGCGCCGCCGUGGCCCCCGGCGCCGCCAACGCCAGCCUGGAAAUCGUCCCUGUCUCGGAGUAUUUGUGAGGAUUCUGCACCCGGGCACCCCCGGAACCCGCCCCGAGCCUGAGCUUUCCCCACCCGGUUUCUAGUAAAAUAGGUUGUUUUAUCAGUAUCACACUUGCUGCAUGUUGUUUCUUUAGGGUUUGAGUCUAGGAGGAUUCUACACCUGCUUGAAAUGGCAACAGAGAAAGCAUCAACAAAAUGACCUCAAAAUUUGUUAUUAAGUCAUACUCCCAUCUAUUAAAAGUCUGUAACUAUGAAAAGGUUUGUACCCAGGCAGAGCAGACUGACAAAAGCAACACCCAGGACUGCUACAGGGCAGCAGAUCAAGUAUCCUGCAGAGUCAGAUUCCUGCUGAAGCUGAGAGCUUUGGGUAAAUCUAUUUUUAGCACUGUUCUCCAUGAACUCUUUCCUUUUCCUUAGCAAUUGCAUCCUUUUGAUCUUCCAGUAGUGAGAUCUUCCAUUUUCAAAACCAAGGUAAGUGAACUUAAGCACUAAGCCACAGCCAUGCUAGAACUUUAAGAUGGUGAACCCAGUUUGCUGGGAUACACAUGGAAUUUUGAUUAAAUUGGAGCACGUACUUGUUUCUUAUACAACAAAUACAAACCACCACCAAAUCUGAUGCCAUAAUUUCUUCUCAUCUCAUGAAAACUGCCUAAACAGUUGUAUCAUUAUAGCCCUGUGACAAUUCCUACACAUGAGUAAGACAACACAUGAAUGUAAUGGUAAACAUUGUGUAAUGGCUUAGACAGACUUUGUGUAAGCUUGGGAAUCACUCUGCUGGUUUCCGUUUUCCAUUCACUCUGCUCAUUCCUGUAGAAGUGACUUAAUUUAUGUUCCUAAACAGAAAAAGUCACAGGACAGCAGAGGUUUGCUCCAAGCCUUUCAUGAAUGCAACUCUCUGCCCCUCUAACUGUGCCUGUUAAAUAUUGGCAUAAAGUGCCAGAAUGAUCUGUGAGUGUAGGUACAAGAGCAAAGCAUGAGGGAAAAAAUUUAAUAAACUAAUUUCAGUACAAAUUGCUGGGAAACUACUGCUGUUCUUACUCUGCAUUAUCACUGUGAUAGUGUAGGAACAGGAAGACAUUUGGACACCUCUUCCCCAGCUGAAAUGACCAGGGCAGUUGUGAGAGCUGGUGUAGGUGGAGGUUUGUUGUUGUUUGGUUGGUUUGUUGUUUGGUUUUUUUUUUCACUGCCCCCACCCCCAAACACAAAUUACUCAGGCUCUUGCUCCAAGAGCCCCUGGUAUGGUCAGGGAUAAGCCCAGAGCAGGAAUGUUUGUUCUGCACACCUGCACAGGGCCCUCCCAGCCUGCAGCACAAAGUUCAUACAUCACCCUGUGAACAGCCAGCUCUAGAGAGGAGCUGCUAUUUUAACUCUUGUUCAGCAGGAAGGAUGCAACAAGAACUAAAGUUGGGGAUACACCAAACAUGGUGGUUUGAGAAGAAACUGCUAUGAGAAUUUUCCUAAAUUCCUAAAAUAAUUCCAAAUUCCUGAAUUUUGAAAUAAUUAGAUAAGCCUGUGUUGGUACUUUUCUGAGUGCUGCUGCUCUGGAUCAUUGCAGGUGACACUCUGACAGUGUCAGUACUGACACACUGGUGACAGAAUGUCUUGCUCAAAACACCACUACAAGACUCAGACUUGUAUUUUUUUCCAUGUGUCUUUCUUUCCCUUGUCAGGUAUAUGAAGUUCAGUCUAAUUUCACUGCUCAAAUUAAGUCUUAAUUUACUUGUAUAAAUGACAUCUGUUAAUCUGAGGUGGUAACAGGUACCCAACUCAAUCAACAGCAGUAUUUUGGUUUUAGUGAUGUGAUAAGAUGGCAACAAUAUCACAGUCAAAAUAUAUCGGGUAAAAUGGCAUCUGAAAGUGCUGGUGUAUGUGUUUGCAGUAUUUGCACUCUACCUGAACCCUUGUUUAACAGCAGCUUGUUCAGCCCAUAAAGCCCUCUUCAUUACUGACAAUACUCAUAAAAACAGCUCAUGUGUUACAGUUUUCUUUGAUAUUCUUUUGUAAGAAAGGGCUGCAGAGUAAUUCCUACCAAAUUCUGUAUAAACAGCUUCCUGCAUACUAAAACAAUUAUUUGUGCAAAACCCUGUAUUGCUUAAAGAGGUCUGUGCCAGAGACUUUUAAUUCUUCCUUCCUCUGACCUUGAAAUUCCUAGAAGAUAUAUCUUGUGUUCUUUGGAAUGAUUGAAUUUACUUGGGCUAGAUUCUUUUUGUCAUGUUCUUCUGAGUAAUUCAAAGGCUAAAGCAAGCAUAAUCCUGCUCUGAAAACCAUUUUUUCAGCUUCUAGACCUCACUGUACCGUGCUGAAAGGCAGCAUUUCCCCCCAGUUUUAGAGGAGAGGCAAAUGAAGGCAAGUGACUGAUCCAGCAGGGCAGGGGUGCAGCAGAGGUCCCCCAAAUUCUAAAGUGGGCUCCAGGGACCCCCAUGGUCCUUGUGCCAGGGUGGUGACAGGGAUUGUGUCUGACUGGUUCCCUCCUGCUUUUGUUGCUGCCCUUUGCAGUUAUAAACAGGAGACACAAGGUGAGGGAAAAUUAUAAAACAAGUUUAUUAAAGUCUGACAUAAAACACUUCAGGCUAAAUAUGUACAACUCCCUCCCUUCCCAGGGAAUUAUAAAAUUGAGAGUUGAGGUAUAUACAAAUAACAGAGGAAAAAUUGUAUAUACAUGGCAGAUACUUUAAAAAUAAUUUAACCAAAAAAAUCAGUUAUUACUCCUUGUCUGAACUUAGCUCUGCAAGGCUUAUUGAGCCUCUCUGGGAUCACAGCCCUGAAAUCCUUCAUGUGGGACUUGUCUGUACUUGAAAAUUGUUUUGUAGCACAUGAUUUCAAAAAGUUUGUUAUUUGUGCCCACUUAGAGGCACUAAUUUAGAAGUAGAUGUCAUAUAAGGAGCUGUUCUCACCUAAGUACUUCCAAACAGUCAAUUUAGAGACUUAGAGAUGCAGAUAAGCUAUUCAGGCAAAACUUGCACCAACUUCAGUGCAAAACUGACUGAAACAGCAGUGUGACAAAACAUGUCAUAUUCUUUGUAUUGCUCUUCAUAGAAUUAUUGAAGUUCCUUCUUUUCUUUUGCAAGGACACAUGCCUAAAAAGAUUCCAUGCUCUCCCAUAUUAAUCCCUUACAGAAAUUAUCAAUACUGUUGUAAGCCUUGCACUUCAAAAUGAACCCAGAACCCUUAAGCCUAGGACUUACAUGUGCAGCUGAUUUCCAUGCAUCUAUUGGCAAAAGUACAGGUGUAGGUUCAGACCUACAGCCUGAACACACCUACAAAUAUAUAUAUAUAUAUAUAUUUAUAUAUAUUUAUUUAUUUAAAAUCUAUAUUCUAGUAAAUGAAUACAGUUGGUAGAGAUCAUACCUCAGCAGCUGAGAUAUCUUCAUGAAAGAUGAGGAUAAAAAUCAAGAUUUUCAGAUGGGGACUCAAGAGUGCAGGUCACUAAAUUAUUGCUCCAAGACAAAACUACAAGCCUGUGUAUUCUAUUAAGAAAGGUUAAAAUUGUUGUCUUGUAAAAAAUAAUGAAUAUCUUCUUGUCUAUAAAGAAAACUAAAUGACUAAUAAAGCAACUGUUACUGUUAUAAGUAUCUAAACAAAUCCUGUAUAAAUCUAAGCACUGUAUUUUUUAAAAAAGUCUGAAAUCUAAGAAUACAGUAAUAAGCUAUAAUUUUAGAAAUAUAAAACCAGUCCAAACAAACACUGUUAUGGAAUGCAUUUUCUAUGUAGGAAUGUAGUUAUUGUUUAGGUUUCUCUCCAGAGCUGUUCUCUCUCCUGGUCAUUUCUCCUGGAUGUUUAUCCUGAGCUGCUUUUCCUCAGGUACCAGCAGCAUAUCAUUAAUUUGUCUUCCAAAGCUGUUUAAAUAUGCAAGUUAUCAGUUGUAAAGCAUUUACUUUCUCAGUUUUCAUGACUAAACCUAUAUCUGUGCCAAGAUUUCUGCUCUACUUUCAAAGAGAGACAGCAAGGAGGAAGCUUAGUACAAGCUACACACAGUCAAGAUCCCAAUUUUGUGGUUCUUCGGUCUUAAAAGGCUGAGGAAUCCCCCAUGGGCUACACCAACAACAGAACUGAAAGAGACAAGAGGGCAGACAAAGGGAAAUGCCAAAAAUAAAACACCAGAGAACUUUCUCCUUUGUCUUUUGCCAGCAUGAUGAACUUCAGCUGUUCAUAAGCUCUGUGGGACAGACAAGCAGGGAAAUGAAAGGCCCUGCAAUAACGAUCUCCAAUGGGGACAAUGUGAGAGAUUCCUGCAUUAGGGAUGCUCCUGUUGAACAUGGCUGUACUCCUGCUGCCCAUGGUAGGCUUCAUCAGCAAAUCUACCAUCUAUUAAAGCAUAAAA